AUGACCGCUAGGAGAUUCGUGACAGCGAGAAAUAUGUACUCUCAGUACGCUCUUCGGCUACGUAGUGUGACUAAGUCAAAGGCGAUCAUACAAUGGAACAUACUUCACUGCCACGUUGGGUCGAACAAGCAAACACGUGAGCGCACACCGAUGACAAACCUUAUGGCGCUAAAAUUGUCUUACACAUAUUUUGCGAUGCGACUUUUUUUGAAUAUGAUCAAAGCUUGUGAUAAUCGCGCUAAUAUUGUGGCUUGUUGCGCACCGGGAGCAAUACUUAAGCUGGUUGUGUUUAUAAGCAGAUAUCUGGUGUCCUCGCUGUACCAACGACUAUCGGCUGACGAGUGA